CGGCGGCCCUUCCGUCCCUGCCGAGGCUGGCGGGCCGGCGUCCUCCAGCGCGGCCCCCGCACCCGCCGCCCCGGCCUCCAGCGGCAGCGCGCAGCCGCAGAACGCCUCCACGCCCCCCGCCCUGGGGCCGGGGCCCCCCCUCAGCUCGGCCCCCAGCCUGCCAAACCCACUUCUACCUCAGACCUCCGCCGCCGCCGGCAGCGUCAUCUUCCCCAACCCGCUGGUCAGCAUCGCGGCCACCGCCAACGCGCUGGACCCCCUGUCCGCCCUCAUGAAGCACCGCAAGGGCAAGCCCCCGAACGUGUCGGUGUUCGAGCCCAAGGCCAGCGCCGAGGACCCGUUCUUCAAGCACAAGUGCAGGUUCUGUGCCAAGGUGUUCGGGAGCGACAGCGCCCUGCAGAUCCACCUGCGCUCCCACACGGGCGAGCGGCCCUUCAAGUGCAACGUCUGCGGCAACCGCUUCUCCACCAAGGGCAACCUGAAGGUGCACUUCCAGAGGCACAAGGAGAAGUACCCGCACAUCCAGAUGAACCCCUACCCCGUCCCCGAGUACCUGGACAAUGUGCCCACCUGCUCCGGGAUCCCCUACGGGAUGUCGCUGCCUCCGGAGAAGCCGGUGACCACCUGGCUGGACAGCAAGCCCGUGUUGCCCACGGUGCCCACGUCGGUCGGGCUGCAGCUCCCGCCCACCCUCCCUGGCGUCAGCGGCUACGCGGACUCCCCCAGCCUCACCCCUGCGAGCCGCUCCCCGCAGCGGCCCUCGCCCGCGUCCAGCGAGUGCACGUCCCUGUCCCCCGGCCUCAACAGCUCCGAGUCGGGCGUCCCCGGGACCGCCGAGUCCCCGCAGCCAGCGCUCAGCGGCUCCUCUCUGACCAAACCCGAGCCCGCGAGCCUGCCCGGCACCAACGGCAGGGCAGGGGACGUCCCCGCCGCGUCCGCGGCGGCCUCCGCCGCGCUGGCAGACGGCAGCAUCUGCUCGGGCCUCUGCAGCCCCGUGCUCCCAGCCGGCUCCGACCAGUUCAAGGCCAAGUUUCCCUUCGGGGGGCUGCUCGACUCCAUGCAGACGUCCGAGACCUCGAAGCUCCAGCAGCUGGUGGAGAACAUCGACAAGAAGAUGACGGACCCCAACCAGUGCGUCAUCUGCCACCGCGUGCUGAGCUGCCAGAGCGCCCUGAAGAUGCAUUACCGGACGCACACGGGGGAGAGGCCGUUCAAGUGCAAGAUGUGCGGGCGCGCCUUCACCACCAAGGGCAACCUGAAGACGCACUUCGGGGUGCACCGGGCCAAGCCGCCCCUGCGGGUGCAGCACUCCUGCCCCAUCUGCCAGAAGAAAUUCACCAACGCCGUGGUCCUGCAGCAGCACAUCCGGAUGCACAUGGGCGGCCAGAUCCCCAACACGCCGCUGCCCGACGGCUUCCCGGACGCCAUGGACGCCGAGCUGCCCUACGACGACAAGGCCGCCGAGGCCCUGAGCGGCUACGACGACGACGCGGACGAGAACUCCAUGGAGGACGACGCCGAGCCGCGGGAGCCGGCCGGCGACCCGCCCAAGCCGCUGCUGCCCUGCGCGGGCUCCUGCCCGCCCUCGCCCCCCUCCGUCAUCUCCAGCAUCGCCGCCCUGGAGAACCAGAUGAAGAUGAUGGACCCGGCCGCGAGCUGCCCGCAGCUGGCCGCCCUGAGGUCCGUGGAGAACGGGUCCGGGGACAGCGACCGCCUGAGCAACGACUCGUCGUCGGCCGCGGGCGACCUGGAGAGCCGGAGCGCGGGCAGCCCGGCCCUGUCGGAGUCCUCGUCCUCCACGCGUGCCCUGUCGCCCAUGAACAGCCGCAGCGAGAGCUUGCACUCCAAGUCCCCGGGGCUCAGCGCCCAGGAGGAGCCGCAGGAAACGCCACUAAAGACAGAGAGGCCGGACAGCCCCCCCGCCGCCCCCGAAGACGGAGGCGCGCUGGACCUCACGGCGGCCCAGCCCGGCCGGCCGGCCGUCAAGGAGGAGGCCCCCUUUAGCCUGCUGUUCCUGAGCAGAGAUCGGGGUCCCGGCCAGACCACCGCUAGCCUGGUCGCCGGCCCCGCGCCCGCCGCCAUCAAAAUGGAAGUGAACGGGCACAGCAGGGCCAUCGCGCUGGGCGAGGGCCCGCCGCUGCCGGCCGCCGUGCAGGUGCCCCCCGGGCCCCCGGCCGUGAUGGGCCCCGGCCUCGCGCCCAUGCUGGCCCCCCCGCCGCGCCGGGCGCCCAAGCAGCACAACUGCCAGUCGUGCGGGAAGACCUUCUCGUCGGCCAGCGCCCUGCAGAUCCACGAGCGCACGCACACCGGGGAGAAGCCCUUCGGCUGCACCAUCUGCGGGAGGGCCUUCACCACCAAGGGCAACCUGAAG